UGUAGAGGCAAAUUAUUGUCGACCUGCCAUCACUCUCGAAAUUUAUUGCCGCAAAUGAACUAAUGUGAUCAAUUCAAACGUAUGUGAUGGGGGAAAAUGUCACACUAGGAAAGUGUCUCAACAAAAAACUCCCAUAAAGAAGUGACGUUGUGAGAAAUUUGUGGUCAGUUUCCAGUUUUGGUAUGUUGAGUUUCUUUAAAUUGAGAAUAAAUAGAGGGAGAAGCAAGGCCCUUCUUGAGUAUAUUUGGUUUCUCUUUUGGUGAAAUUGUUUUCUUGGGUCCGGUAUCUUGCCAUGUGUGGUCUGACACAUGCAUUCGACAAGUCCAAGGCUUUGAGGUUGUAAAUAUUCUUGGAAAGCAAACAGCUUUGGUUUCUCCAAGAGAAUCAGAUGCAGUUUAUAAAUAAUAUAAGGUUUCGUGUCAGAGAAAAAUAGAAGAAAAGGUUCGGUUUACAGUUGCCAGUUGGAUUCCUUGCUAGUGGAGUUGUUCAGCACUGAAAAGGGACCUGAUCUUUCAAGAAUCAGAAAUCACCAAAUGUCACCUUUGUAAGGUUUGAUGAAAAAGAAUAUCUUUUCUUUGGGGUUCAAGCUUUGAUCUUAUGAGUCUUCUUAUUUAUAAUUGAAAAGAUAAAACUUUCUCUCCUUGGCUUCCUGCUGUUUGAUAUUUUAGCAACUGUUUACAAAACAGGCAGCAGUGUAGAAGCUGAAAGUUAUUAUUAACUUAUAGUUUAAAAGGCUCUUUUGGCACUCCUUUGUUGUAGCACAUUGAAAAUUUUCUUUGCCUUGCUUUAAGACGAAUAAGUACAAAUUGAACAAAUUUUCUGCCAUUUGUUUGCACCCUUUGUUGGGUGAGUUGGAUCUUUGCAUUUGGUUUGGCUUUCACACAAGUAUGAUCAUGGUGAAAGUAACCGAGAAACAAAGUUGUCACAAGCUUGGUUCCAAUUUUUCCAGUUUCUUACCGAUCAUUCUUGUUCUUGUUCUUGUCCUUGUAUUGUCGAUUUUCUUUUUCUUUUUAGUUUCUGAAUCCUCACCUUUCCUUCUUACACUACUCAUUGCUCUUCUAUCUACUUUGUUUCUUGUUACACUGACAAAGAAAAAAGUGUCCCUACAUGAAAAUUUUGUCCAAGAUAACCAGCAGAAAUUGGAGUUACAGCUUUCAUUAGAUGUUAUUACUCAACAAAGUGAAACUUCUCAGAGCCAAGUUGAAGCAGAGUCAGAGUCAGCAUUUCCAUUGGAUUCUGAAAGCAGCAACAUCAGUGAUGAAAGUUUUGAACUCAGUGCAGAGAAGUAUGAGCAAAAAGCUGAUCCACAAGCAGAUACUUCACUUCCAUCAGAUAGUGAAAGCAGUACUAGCUCAACCAUGGGUGAAGAAGGUAUUGAGAUUCAUCACAUUAGAAAUCAAAAUGUUGAUAUAUAUGAUAGCUUUCCCAUUGGUAAUGAUGAAGAGGAGGAGGAUGGCUUGAUUGAAAUCAAGCUUCCAAAUAACCACUUUUCAGAGUUAUUGCCAGAAUCCAUUUUCAAACAGCAAGGUCUCAAAGAGCUCUUGGCAGAAAUUAAUGAGAUGAAUGAUGAUGAAAAUUUAAUUGAGAUUGAUAUUUCCAAAGGAUCCACAAAAUAUCAAGAUUUGAGAUUGGAUAAGGAGUUGGUUUGUUGAGGAGAUCAUUGAGUUCUUAAAGAUUGAUCCUUUAUUACUAAUUUUUAUCUUGAACUGCUAUUUUAGGUUAAGUUAUAGUCAUUAACUA